AUGAAUAUAAAUUAUUAUAAUAAAUAUAAGAAAUUUCGACUCAUCCUUUUUUGUUUUAUAUUUUUUCCAUAUUGUUUAAUUGUACAACUUAUAGGGUGUAUAAAGUUGAAAACAUCAUAUAAGCAUGAACCGAUUUUAUUAUUAAAAAAUGAUGAACGUAUAAUUUCUUUAAAUAAAAUUAUUCCUUAUUUAACAGAAGAAGUGUUUAUAAGUAAAGAUAAUAUUAUGACAAAAAUAAAUGUGGAAAAUAAUAUAUGUAUAGAAUUAAUUAAAAAACAUGAAAUAUUAAAUACACCAAUAGAACAUUUUUUUCAUUUUACUAAUAGAGAGUAUACUAUAGAUUUACGAAAUAAUGAUAAUAUAUAUAAUUAUACAAAACGUAUUUUGAAUAAUAAACUUGAUUUUGAAUUAUGUAAUAAAAUAUUAAGCUUUACUAUUCCUAUUAAUUACAAUAUAUGUUCUUUUCCUUCUUACCAUAAUUAUUUUUUAUAUAUCAAUUAUUUAAAAGAUGUAAAGAUAGAAUUAAUAAUAAGUGCAUUAGAAAAAGCAAAAUUUUUAUUUCUUAAAAUUCCAAAUACAUUUAAUUUAAAUACUACACAUGCAAAUUUUAAUGACAACGAUUAUAUUAUCGAAAAAGGAAUAUUAGAAAAUGACCUUAUUAAAAUUGAUAUAUCAAAAAUUAUCCAUCGUUAUAUAUGUAAAAAAUAUUAUCUAUAUAAAUCUGAUGAACAAAUAAAUGAUGAUGAUCUAAGACAAAUCAACAAUAAUAAUUCGAAUAAUGACAUAUCGGAUAAGGAAAUAAAAAUGGUUCUCAUGACUUCACACACAUUAAGCGAUAUCAUUAUCUUCCCUUCCAUCAUUCAAAAUGUACAGGCAUUAAAACAUUACAAAAAUAUUAAAAAUGUUGUAAAAUUAAAGAAGAAAAUAAAAAAAAGAUAUACCGAGUGGGAAAAUUGGUCUCCUUGUUAUAACGUAUGCAAUAAUAAUUUUUCUUAUAAAUGUAGAUAUUAUAAAUGUACUACAGAAAAUCAAGAAUUUUGUGAUCAAAAUUUUCAUAUGAAUUUUUCCGAGUGUCCAUUUACACCUUGUGAAGAUGCCAUAAAAAAAGAAAAUGAGAAAAAAGAAAUAGAAAAGGACAAAAACAAAUCAAUCAUUAUAAAUCAUGAAAAUAAUAGAGAUCAAGAAGGUCCCAUAGAUGAUGAAACUAUGCUCAGAUAUAGAAAAAAUAAAAAAAUUAGUUUUUUUAUGUGGAUCAUAAAUAAUAAAAAAUUGUCUCUUGGUUUAUUGAUAUUUUUUAUAUCUGUAAUAGUCCUUAUCUGCAUAUAUUGCUAUAUAAAUUCAACACUCGGUUUUUAUAAUGAUGAAGAAUAUUACGUAUCGAAAUAUACAUAA